AUGCCGGUCCUGAAGCAGCUGGGGCCCCCGCAGCCCAAGAAGCGGCCAGAGCGCGGCGCGCUGUCCAUCUCUGCGCCGCUCGGCGACUUCAGACACACGCUGCACGUGGGGCGCGGCGGCGACGCCUUUGGGGACACCUCGUUCCUGAGCCGCCACGGCGGCGGGCCGCCCCCUGAGCCCCGCCUGCCUACCGCGGGGGGGCCCCCGCGCAGCACCCCGCCGCCCACCGCCCCACAGCCCCCAGCGCCCCCACUCCGUGCGCCCGCCGACCCUCUGCUGACCUUCCACCUGGAUCUGGGCCCCUCCAUGCUGGACGCCGUGCUGGGCGUUAUGGACGCGGCUCGCCCUGGGGAGGCCGCCCCGAAGCCGAAGCCGGGCCUGGACCCCAGCUCCGGGGGACAGCACCCGAGAGCCGGCUGCAGCGCCCUCGCUGACCUGGAGCUCGACGACGACGUCAUCGGCCUGUAG